GAUAGACAUACAUGUGUUGACAGUGAGCAUAUAACUUAAAACUAUCACCGUUUUUGAAAGUGGUUAUAAAAAAUAUGAUGAAACAAGCAGAAGAUGAUCCUCGAAACAUAACAGAAUCUCCCAACGAAAGCGCUAUUCCAGUAGAAGCCACAGAUGUAUAUCAGCAUCAGCAACAGACGCAGCGAGAGUCGCAACAAAAUAUACAAACACGACAAACACGACCCUAUUCAAAUGCUGAACGCCAAAAGAGAUACAGGGAAAAGCGAAAAGCUGAUAAAAUGAAUGCAUGUAGUACAAUCAGUCAAUCUAGUGACGAUCAGCCGCAGCGAGAACAACCACAAGAUGGCGAUCACACAAAUAAACGUCGAUCACAAUCGAAUGCCGAACGUCAAAGGAAAUAUAGAAAGCUAUUGCGUGAAAAACGGCAGCAAAAACAUUCCUCUAGUGUCCAGCAAGAGAAAAAGGUCGACGAAGCUGAGCUUGCACGAAAACGACAUUUAAACAAACAACGACAAAGCAGGUUUAGAGCAAGGCAGAGAUUUCAAUGGCUUAGUACAUCUUCGCACCAAGCACAGGCUGAAAGGAAAUCGGAGCUUUCUACAAUGCCCGUGCCAACAUCAUCAGAAACGGAUUGCAACGAGUCGAGUAAUUCGGAACCGGUCGUCGUGAAGCCGAUCAUCCACAAUUCAUGGUUGGCAUUAAAUAUACCAUCAAAAGCACUGGACUUGGUGAAAAAAGAGCCGAAUGACGACAGCUCCAUCUCAACGCUGGACUCAACGUCGGACGAAAACUCAUCCUUUUUCCAAUUCUUUCGUGGAAUCCACAGCGAUUACCUAGAAUUGCCGGCAAGGAAACAAAGACUAUUUAAGCGAAAAUGUUUAAAUUACUUACACGAGCUGCUGGAUGAGGAAGAAAACGAUAAGACAAUGCCAGAAUAUACGCACCCAGUCAACGUGUUGAACCUGUCCAACGCAGGUCUUGACGACAGUGACGACGACGAAGACGUUAAACCCUUAGUGGUGGACGGAUGCAUCCUUCCCAAUAUCUGAUAAUGAUUUAAGGCAAUAUAUGGAUACGAUUCGACGGAUGUUUCUGAUGCUUACUUGUGUGAAACAUCCAUUAGCAUACAAGUUCCAAGAUACAUGUUAGUCAGUAAUUAAAUAUUAUAUUGUAUGUAUAGUACAUAAGUUUUGUGUUAUUUUUGUACCAGACACAGUUAUAAAUUGAUGUAUACUGCUUGCUAAACCUUCAAUUAUUACUUGACAAAUGAGGUUUACUAACUUAACUUUAAACCUGAAUUCUCGAACUUACUUUUAUAGUUAAAAUGUG